GGCUACCCUUAACCUAUAAAUCUUCGUCUUGUGGGCUUAGGAGGUGUUGUGCUGCACACAGAAAUACGAUUAAAAUAAUAGUGUAAAAUUUGCGAUAGAUAUCUCACGAGGAAGCUGCUUAGAGAAUGCAACGGGACGAGAAACAUUUGGAUUCCGCUCUGGAAGCCAUUAUAAUGCGAGUGAACGAUUUGAAAAGCGCGAUCGCCGCGAUGGUAUUCAAAUUGGAACACGAAUACGAGACUCUGAAUUGGCCCAAUUUCCUCGACAAUUACGCGUUAAUCUCGGGUCAUCUAACUAGUCUCUCGAAGAUUCUCGCGCCCGAUAAAGCACCGAAUCUCAGAAAUUACACGGUUCUACCGCUGCGCUUAAGUCCGGAGAAAGACGAAGAGUUGCUACGACUGACAGAAGGUAGAAUCCCUACGUUCGCGCAUGACUUAGUGCCAGACUACUUGAGAACGAAACUGGAGCCUCAAGCUGAGCAGAAAAUGAUGCAAUUUGAAGCAAAAGCGAAUGUUAACAACGACGCGUCACAUGACUACAAUAAACAAUUGAUGCAAUAUUCGAAGGUAGUUGGUCAUGUAUGGGACAUGACGAACAAGGCGCGCGAAGAAUGGGAAAGCGAGGCCGGUGCCAGAGCAACGCAAGCGCAGACCAAUAGCGCUGCGGACACUCACACUCUCGUGGCUGCUGUGGGGAUGGGUAAAGGCUUGAAAUCUGAUUCCAUACAAAUGGUACAGUCGGGCGUGAAUCCAGUAGCUAAUAGCAUGAUGGUGGGUAGACCUAGUAAUCAACAGCAAACACCAGGACAAGGGCCUCUGGGCAACCCACCGCUGGGACAAAUAAACAAGGCACCGGGUGCAAUAAAGACGAAUAUUAAAGCGGCAUCACAAAUCCAUCCUUACAGAUAAGUAUAUAUCGUAAUAUCUAUGGGGGAUUUGAUACAAUAAUACCUAUAAUGUGUGAACGCUCUGAUAUGAUAUCUAACUAAUAAUCUUGAUAUUAAACGUAGCAAAAUCAUAUCGUCAGUAAUGUGUAAUUUAUUUCAUGAAAAAAAAGUCAAAUAAAUAUAUUGUAUGUUUUUAUGUUUAAAUAUAUUGUAUGUUUUUCAUGACAAUGUUUAA